UUAACGCCCUAAAUUCAGCGACUGUAAACAUUCCAUUAAGAUCCGUACGAAUUUACGUGUGACGCGAGGCGUGUCCUGUGCGAGGGUGUGCAUGGAGUUACACGCAGACCUUUGUUUUUCUUUCGUCGCGCAAUAAUUGUUAUCAACGAUAAUUAAACUUUCAUCGAAAAAGUUUGAACGGAGAUAAAGAAACAAUGAAUUAUGGAAAAAGAUCACCGAGUAUGGGAACGCCCUCGGUUUAUUCUCACGUUACGUCCAGGAGUAGCGCGAAUCUCAGAUCCUCCAGAUCUGUGCGGAGCGUUAAAAUACCUUGGUAUCAAAAACCGAUAUUAAAGCACGCUUAUAUAUUAGACAUCCAAAGGGGAGCUAUGCUGGUAGCAAUAUUCGCAUUGUGUUUGUCAUUUUUCACCGUAUGUACGGCGAUAUUCGAUAUCUAUUGCCUUUCUCAAGCUACGCCUGGUUCCACUCAUUACGGAUAUUACAUCAUAUCGUACGAAUUUGUUUAUAUCGGCAAUCAACACGUUCGUAACGCUCUUAUAGUUUUUGCAUUAUUCUCCAUUAUGAGCGGAGUAGUCGUUUUUAUUACUUCAUCGAUGCUUAUUACCGCAUUACGUAAGGAGUACGAAAAGAGGAUGAUACCGUGGUUGUACAGUUUUGCCGCAUUUACCGUAUUCCGUCUCUUUGCUUUCCUGUUCUUUAGUAUCGUGAACGAUUUGAUAUUUGCGUACAAUAUCAUAAUAUGUUUAUUGUGGAUAUUAUUUAUUUCAUUUUCCGUCUACGGAUGGUUAAUCGUAUAUUCCCUAUAUAUCGAACUAAGUGACCUCACUAGAUUAGAAGAUUUGGCACACUUGAGGAUCGGUACUAUGCAAUCUUUGAACGCAUCGACGACACAUUCUAUCGCUGGUUCUAGACCUACAACACCGCAUAGCACGGUAUCGACAAUGCCAGUCAAUUGAUGUCAGCCGUAUUAACGUAAGAAGUAAGAAGUCGUAUAUGCUUUUGACCGAAUGCAUCGUUCGUGCAUUCAAACUCUCAUUGAAGCUCAAACAUCGAUUCCGUCCAAAUAUAUAUAUAUAUAUAUAUAGAUAUAUAUAUAUAUAUAGUUCGCGUUGUAAAGCGUAAGCAGUUAAUAUCGUAGCACGAUCGGUACUGUUGUGCAGAUAGUGAUAUAAAAUCAUAGCUUAAAAUAUGUAUUAUACGUGAAGCAUUGCAAGAUUUUUAUAAAUACGUAUAUUUACAAAAAUUUCCAUGUUUUGCCAGAGUAGUAUAAAUAUAUUUUUGAUCGAGAUCGAACAAGAGUCCUGCGCAGUAGUCGUGCGCGACGAUACGGUUACAGAUUACGAUUAAAGCGUUUUAAUAAUUACGAUAUAUAUUUUAUUUGCAUUUUUAUAUAUUUUCACUUUGGCAUUCUUUAAAAGAACUAUUUAUAUGGGAAAUUAUAAACCUAAAUCGCGCGCUUAUCCAUGACCAUGUGAGAACACGCACGCAAUCGGACGUGCGUGCUCGAGUUAAGAAAAUAUUUUAUGAAAUAUUUUCCAAAUCGUCCAAGUGCUGCCUACGAAGAUGAAUGUUUUCAAAACUUGAUGCAUCCAGUAUAACCUGUAACGUAAAAUGAUUAAAAAGAAGAUAAGUGUUCCAAGAUUUGUAUACUAGUUAAAAAAAGAAAGAAAGAUUAUCAAUAAAUAUAUCUUUUAUAUCUUGCAAA